AUGGGCUUUGCAGCCUCCCUCCUCGAGCUCCAAGCAGAGGCCAGCUGCCCCCUCUGCCUGGAUUACCUGAGAGACCCAGUGACCACUGAGUGUGGACAUAACUUCUGUCGCUCCUGCAUCCAGCAGCGCUGGGAAGAUCUCCAGGACAUCUUUCCCUGUCCUGUCUGCCUCCACCAUUGCCCUGACAGGAACUUCAAGAAGAACACUCAACUAUGCCACAUAACUGAUAUUGUUAAGCAGAUUCCCACUACAGGGAGGGAGAGGGAACUGCAGGAAGAAAAACCCCUGUGUGUGAAGCAUCAUGAGGUUCUGACCCUGUUCUGUGAGGAGGACCUGGAGCUGUUGUGUCCUCAGUGUAGUGCCUCAUCAGACUAUGAGGAUCAGCCCCUGAUACCCAUUGAGGUAGCUGCAGCUAGUAACAGGAGGAAGCUCCAAAGGUAUGCUGCGCACCUGAGUGUGGAGAUUGAAGAUGCAAAAGUGGGAUAUGAAUAUCAAACUGCAAAAACUUUGCAAGUGAUGAGGAAGAUGGAAUAUUGGAAGAGGGAAUUACACUAUGAAUAUAAAGAACUUAAGUGUUCCUUGGAAUUAGAGCAAGAGCAAAUUAAUUCCAUCUACUUAUGGAAGAGAAGGAUGUUGAAGAAAAACUGA